GGGAGUCGGGAAAACUACUUUGCAAAAGUAGACUGGAACACUCCGUUAAUGCAGUCUGCCACUCCUUAAUUAGCUACCAGCUCAUUCACACGGAGUGUAGCUCUCGACUGUGCUCCCCUCCCCUGCUCGUCCCGGCCCUUCGCUGCUGCUGCUGCUGCUGCUGCUGCUGCACACUUAUCCGUCGUGUGUGUUUGCGCCUCUCUUCUCGCCGUUUCUUGGCCAUCGACCGACACCACAGCCGCAGCGCAAAGGCACAUGCGAUGAUGCCGCUGCCCAGGCCGACCAGAUCGGCGUAGAGGAAACACUUGGACCCCAUGCACUCGAGGUUGGCACCCGUGGGGUCACUGCCCUGCUGCAGAGAGGGCACCGCCCCGCUGGAGGUGUCGUUGGUGGCUUGGUUGCUCAUCUUCUGCAUGACCAGGGCGGCCUCCCUGUCGGUCAGGUUGCUGCUGCUGCUGCCGGCUGCUGCCGGUGCUGCCAGGGAUGAUGAUGCUGGCUCGAGGACGAUAGUGUCGCCCUCCAAUUUAUCAGCGAAGACGUCGUAGAAGGUCCCGGCAAUGAGAUUGAAGACAGUGGCGAACAGAGAGAGGAAGGACACCAAUGUGCCGAAGAGGAAGCCCAACGAGUUGUUGCCAAAGGUCUCCUGCACGCGUCAAUGGAUGGAGCAGCACAACAGAGGAUGAAUCAAUGAGUGGUAUGGAUGGCUGACGGUGUCGGUGUUGCGUGCCAUGCCACACCGUGAUAAACACAGGCGUGUACGAGAAGUUCAUGCCAUAAACAAGGCCGACCAGCGAGAUACAUGCGGCCAAUGACGAACCUGAACCACAUGAUGCGAACGCGGAUCGGAUCUGUGUCGAUGGCUGUGAAUGAUUUGUUGUGUGUGUGUAUCACCUCACUCACCUGGCGGGUCUCUCAAGGCAUCCACAACCAGACUUAUCUGAGGCAGGCACCACCGCACACACGCAGAGGCAACAAUCCCGGCCGGCUCUCAUGUCUUCAGUGACUCUGUCUCUGUCCGUCUCAUUCACUUCACUCACUUGUGCGAUGAUGAACAGCACAGAGCCGAGCACGAAAUGGAAGGCCGUCACGACAACACUUCGACAGCCGUCCAGCAGCAGGCCGCCGACAAAGCGGCCAGCACAGUUAAAGUAGCUCAGCAGCUUCACCAGCUCGAACCUGGCGCUCUCGCUGUAGCCGUAUGAGUGGGAUAAUAACGAGGCGUUGCCGAUAACCAUGGAGCAGCAGCCCUGCACCACACAGAAGUACGCCCCGAGCAUCAGCAUGUCAGCAGAAAGCACCAUCCGCAUUUUGUCGUUGAAGGUUGCAGUAUGAUGAUGCGGCUCCUGAUGUGACGCCGCUCCCUCCGCCCCUUGUUGUUGCUGUGGCCCCUGCUUGAUGGCCAUCUGAGCAUGUGCAUGGGCCGCCGUCCCGCCCCCUCUCCGCCUCGACUCGUCCGCGGCCUCCUCCCCGCCGCCCUUGUCGCCAUCUCUGCCCUCGAACAUCACUGGGCUGGCCGGGGGAGUGGCACGCAGCCUCGGCCAUCCGACGCGUGUGGGGCUGAGGCCGCCGCCACCACCCCCAUCUGCAGCCGUCGGGCUGCCGGCCGGUGGCGUUAUCUCGCCAGAUGGCAGCUUGUGGUACCGCCGCAUCUUGCCCGUCAGCCACCUGAACACCCUUCCAGCAGCGGUCUUCCCCACCUCAUCCCCUGAGUGCCUGUCGGCGCCAUUCUGGACAGCUGCGACCGAUCCGUUGACGGAUCCUGCGUCCGUCGAGGUCUCCUCAUCGGCGGGUGGCAACGUUACCGAAUCAGAUGGGGCCACCAAUGCCUUGUCGACUGGUGAGGUCGGCUGUGCAGGGGCAACUAGAGGCCUCUUGCGCAGCAGCAGGGCGCCGGAGAGAGCGGCGCUCCCCAGAAGAGCCGCUAGGCAGUAGAGGAAGGGGAUCAGACGCUGUGGGCCGAAGAAGGUCUCGAACAGCAGUCCGAUGAAGGCGGCAGAGAGGCCGUAUGCCGAGGCCAAUAGACCGACGAUCCGCCCCCGAUGCUCUGCGUGGAAGUUGUUGAAAUUGGUGAACAGGGCCGAAUAAUACAUGGCGACGGACCCUUGGCCAGCCAGAAAGUAGCAGAAGCCCAGCAGAAGGGCGCUCGGUGAUGAAGACAGGACGUCCAGACAAAGGGCGAAGCCACAGUAACCUGCCACGCACAGGUACCCAUGACUCGCCACGAGUGCCUACCAUUAUGUAUGCACACCGCUCUCUCACCAGAGAAUGCCAGCACCGCGCCAACGAGCGCUGUCAGGUUUGGCCCCGCAGCGUCGUAGAGCAUGCCUCCCAAUAUGCCCAAGUACUGACCAGUGGCCCUGCAGGGACAAUGCGCACGCACAGGAAACAUGUGAAAUGCACCCUUAGUGGUUGUAGUGCGUGAAGUGAAUCUUGCCCCAUGGAGUAGAUCAGUUCAAGGUCUCUCGUGCUGAGGUGGUAAUGCCUCUUGAGCUCGAGUGAGAAGACGCCGAAGCCAUAGAUGCUGCCGCUGCACAAGGACAUGCACGUGCCGACAACCAGGGACGGCACAGACGGAAGGCAUGGCGCAGACGCCUGGCUCUUGAGAGAUUUCAUCUCAUCACAGGCCGAGCACUCUUAGUUCUGCAUUGUCCUGCACCG